UUCCAUCGUCAAACUAACUUCACUUUCACGUCAACACUUUCCACAUAAUACAAAAAUAACAACCACACAAAUCACCUAUCAAAAACCCUUUCAUCAAGUCCAAAUCUUUCUUCAAAAAUCUUCACAAUGCAAAACUCACCUAUUCAUCCAAUGAACUCACUCAAAGAAAUAUUCCAAAACAUUUUCUCAGAUAAUAGUAACAUAAUGCUUGCAGCUAUCAUUUCUUUACUACUAGUCAUUCUCUUUGUUCUUCUUCUUCAUCUUUAUGCUAAAUGGUUCUUAGCUCAAGCACAUGCUCAAGCACAAGCUCGACGCCGCCGUCGCCGAAGAACAACUGUGACUGUCUCUGAUGUCCUUGGACCUGCUAGGUUCCAUCAUUUCCACACAUUCAACAUUGAAGACUCACCUCUCUCUAGCUCACACACCAAAGGGCUUGAUUCUUCUAUCAUUUCUUCAAUUCCUAUGUUUAUUUAUGCUGAGAAAAAUGAUUGUAAAGAUGAAAUUGAACAUGAACUUGAAUGUGUGAUUUGUUUGAGUGGUUUUGAAGAUGGUGAAAUGGGAAGGUGUUUACCAAAAUGUGGUCAUGGUUUUCAUCUUGAGUGUAUUGAUAUGUGGUUGAGUUCACAUUCUAAUUGUCCUAUUUGUAGAGCUUCAAUUGUUGUGUUUGAGAAUGAUUCUUCAAGUGUUGUUGAAAAUAAUGGUGAUGAUUCUAGUAUUGUUGAAAUUGUGGUUGAUGAAAAUUCUAGUUCUGAGAUUAGAGAAGGUGAACAAGGGAAUGAUAAUGAAAGAGUGAGUGAUACUGUUUCAGAAACUUCAUCUUCAUUGUUUGGUUGCUCUUUGAAGACAGUUUUCAGCAAAGUUUUUCCAUCUUCCAAUGUAAAUGUUAUUGAAUCACAAUCUUGAGAUAUCACUUUCAUGAUCUUGUCACUAUAUAUUUUGUGUAUAUUACUUGAAAUGUUGCA